AUGGCCUCCUGGUUCGCGGGAAGCAUGGGCUCCGACCCGCUCAUGGUCCUGCUGGUCCUCAUCCUGCUAGCACGCUUCAUUCUCUGGUCCUGCCUUGGCACCUACAUUGAUUACAAACUGGCCCGGCGGCAGCCCCGCAAACCCAAGGAGGACUAG